CAGGCAAAUCUAUUGUUUGAGAAGAUGGCUGCCUACAGUGGUAAGAAAAAAAAGUUAUACCGGGCUCCUGAUAGCCGAGCAGUUAUACACAUGCCCCCUUUACAGAGGAGAUGGUCCUCUUUGUAGCAGCCUGGGGGGGAAUGUGACCUUGGCUCAUUGCCGAAUGUCAUCCCCCUCUACAUCCUCCCAACAUUUCCUAUCUGUUGUCAUCUGUCCUAUCUACUAAAGGCGAGACAGGUGAAAAAAUAUGACUUUAAGUUCAACUUUCCAGCUAGUAGAGAGUUUACCAUUUCCUUCAAUCUUAUCGUUUACAUUAAAUAAAUUAUUAACUUCAGUCAGCUGACACCAAAAAUAGAAAUUAAUUAUCUUGAAAACAUUGUUUUAACAAUCAAAUUAUACACAUAAAAAAUAGCAUGCAAAGGGUGUAUGCUAUACCUUUAAAGCUCUUGUGUUUUGUUUUAUCAGGUGACGCUUGUCCACUCAAGCGAGGCUGUCACAGUUCUGCACAGGCUGAAUAGAGAACAUCCUGAAAGGGUUCUCUUUAAAAGCCUCUUCCGCUCAGGUUCAAGCUCUGAAACUACCUCCUGUAAUGUUUGCCUACGUCAAACCAACCAGCCACAGUGCAACUACACUGACCUCCGUACAGGCGAGCCUUGGUUCUGCUACAAGCCAAAGAAGCUGAGCUGUGAUGAUAGGAUUAACCACAUGAGAGACGGAUUCAAUGUAAGACUCAAGGACAAAGAGGAGAAGCUUUUCCAAAGCAAAGUCAACCUGAAAGUCUUCAUUCACUCUUCAGGACCGGCCAAUGUCAUGGUGCUGCCUCCAAUGAAAGGGCAACCUGAGGUCGAUCAAGGCAAUGGGAAGUCUGGACUCUCUGGGUAUUACUACCAGGGUGUGUGGCGAUCACUAGGUGGCACCAAAGUCCACCAAUUCAACAACUCCUCUGCCAUCAGUCAGUGUCUGAAAGGAAAGGUGGUCCACAUGUAUGGAGACUCCACCUUAAGGCAGUGGUUUGAGUACUUUGAUGCUUCACUUCCAGAUGCUAAGGAGAUUAACCAGAAUAGUCCGAAGCAAACUGGACCUUACAUGAUAUGGGACAAUGCAAAAAACAUCUUGGUAACAUACCGUGUCCAUGGUCCUCCUCUUAGUUUUAUCUACGUCCCAACCAGUGAGCUGCGUUACAUUGCAAAUGAAAUUGACGGGUUGGUAGGUGGCACCAACACAGUUGUAGUUUUUAGUAUCUGGGCCCACUUCAGCCCUUUCCCAAUUGAGCUCUACAUCAGACGACUUUAGAGCAUCCGCAGGGCG